AUGGCACUGUUCAAUGCCGUCAAAAUGACCAACACACUGUGGAUCGUCGGGGCGAUCGUAGUGGUGUGUUUCAUCGAGCUGAUCGUCUCGCGGGAGGUGUACGAUCAUCUCGAGCAUAAUCUCCGUCGCAGCCAUAAUAGGGGGUUCCAUCAGCAGGAGCAGCACCAACACCAGCAUACGCACCACCAGUACAACAAUGUUAACCACAACGGUAACCAUCACCACAACAAUGGGAAUGGAUUCCGGCAGACCUACUGCGGGCGGCAGGUGAAAUUUUACGAAAAACACCACAUCAAGCAUACGAAUGGCGGUCACCACCAGGUGGGGCUGAGGGAUGACACGAUCCCUGCGAAACACAAACGCCACUACGGAAGUCAGCACCAACGAAGCAAUUCGUCCAGCUUCGUCGGGCACCAUCCGGCGGCGCCGUGGAUGCAUGGGGCCAAUGGAGAUACGCUGCUGAUGAUGCAGGACGAUGAGGGCGCCGCUGGCGGUGUGACAGGCCCGAAGCCAUUCAAGCACGGUGUCGUGCCGGUGUGGCCGGUCAAACGGGAAGCGGUCGUCGAGGGGGAUCUCAUUCUCGGUGGGCUGAUGAUGGUGCAUUCGCGCGAGGAUUCGGUCACGUGUGGGCCGAUCAUGCCGCAGGGCGGUAUACAGGCGCUCGAAACGAUGCUCUACACGCUGGACAAGAUCAACGAGCAGGGCCUGGUGCCGAACGUGACGAUCGGGGCGCACAUACUCGACGACUGCGACAAGGACACGUACGGGCUGGAGAUGGCGGUGGACUUCAUCAAGGGUUCGAUCAGCAACAUCGACGACAUCAACGACUACGACAACUGCAGCAAGGGGCAUAAGAAAAAAAUUAUUUCCGGCGUGGUGGGUGCCGCCUCGUCCGUCACUUCCAUACAGGUAGCGAACUUACUGCGAUUAUUUAAAAUACCUCAGGUUUCCUUUUUUUCCACUAGCCCCGAGCUGAGUAACAAGCAGCGGUUUGAGUAUUUUUCUCGAACCAUUCCGUCGGAUCACUACCAGGUGAAAGCCAUUGUUGAUAUUGUGCAAAAGCUGGGCUGGAGCUAUAUUUCUAUCAUCUACGAAGAAAGCAACUACGGUAUAAAGGCAUUUGAAGAGCUGGAUGAUCUUCUCUCUAAACAUAGCAUCUGUAUAGCGGUUAAGGAAAAACUAGUAAAAGAUUCCGGUGUUGCUGAAACGUCAGCGUAUGAUAAUAUAGUACUUAAGCUGUUAACAAAACCACGUGCUAAAGGUGUUAUUAUAUUCGGAUCCGACCAAGAGGUGGCCGAAGUGAUGAAGGCAGUCCGUCGACAAAACGUUACAGGGGUAUUUUCAUGGAUAGGAUCGGACGGUUGGAGUGCCCGGAAUCUGGUGUCGGAUGGCAACGAGGCGGAGGUCGAAGGCACACUGUCCGUUCAGCCGCAAGCGAAUCCAGUGAUAGGAUUUGAAGACUAUUUUCUCAACCUAACCGUAAACAACAAUAAACGUAACCCUUGGUUCGUAGAAUUCUGGGAAAAUAAUUUCCUUUGUAAGUAUCCACAGUCACCGUACACGCCGUACAAUAAGGACUACACACGCACAUGUUCAACCACGGAAAAGCUCUCCAAAGGAGAUCUAGACUUCGAGGAUCAGCUACAGUUCGUUAGCGAUGCAGUGAUGGCAUUUGGAUAUGCAUUGAGAAACAUGCACCAGGAACUUUGUGGAGGUAGACCGGGGCUUUGUGAUGCAAUGAACCCCACCAAGGGAUCGGAGCUGCUGAAGUACCUGCGCAAAGCCGAUUUCAUCGGUCUUAGCGGUGAUCGCUUCAAUUUCGAUUUGAACGGCGAUGGACCAGCCCGCUACAAUAUAAUCCACUUCAAGCAGGUUGCGCCGGAGCGGUACAAGUGGAUCAAAGUAGGCGAAUACUACCAGGGCGAAUUGCGUUUGAAUAUGCAUGAUAUUCAAUUUCGCACCAAGGAUUCUAUGCCCCCCGAGUCGGUGUGCAGCAGACCCUGUGAACGUGGUCAGGCCAAAAAAUAUGUCGAAGGAGAAGGAUGCUGUUGGCAUUGCUUCAAUUGCACGCAAUAUCAGAUCCGAAGUCCUAAUGACGAGACACACUGUGUCAACUGCCCUAGGGGAACGCUACCUGAUAUCUACCACGAAGAAUGCCAACAGAUUCCCGAAUCGUACUUGCGACCGGAAUCUUUUCUGGCGAUCGGUGCCAUGACAUUUAGCUCGUUUGGAAUACUCAUAACAUUCUUCGUCAUUGGUGUAUUUCUAAAGCACAACGAUACACCUAUUGUAAGGGCAUCUGGUCGUGAACUGAGUUAUGUGCUGCUUAGUGGUAUACUGCUCUGCUUUGGUGUAACUUAUACGCUUGUUAUAAAACCACACGAUAUAGUAUGUGGAGUUCAAAGAUUCUGGUCCGGGUUUUCAUUUACCGUUGUCUAUGCUGCACUACUUACAAAAACUAAUCGUAUCGCACGAAUCUUUAAUGCUAGCACCAAAUCAGCAAAACGUCCUUCAUUCAUCAGCCCACACUCACAGCUCGUGAUUUGCGGAAUACUGGUGUCGUUUCAGAUUCUUAUCAACGCGGUAUGGAUGAUAGUAUCACCUGCACACGCGAUGCAUUACUAUCCGACACGCGAGGAUAAUUUAUUAGUUUGCAACUCGUACACCGACGCAUCGUACAUGAUAGCGUUCUUUUAUCCGAUAUUUUUAAUCGUUAUUUGUACCGUAUACGCCGUUCUCACACGGAAAACACCCGAAGCAUUCAACGAAUCUAAGUAUAUUGGUUUUACAAUGUAUACCACGUGCGUCAUUUGGCUCGCAUUUAUUCCGCUGUACUUCGGCACAGCCAAUAAUGUUCAACUUAGAAUAUUUACCAUGUCCAUGACAAUUAGCCUGUCGGCCACGGUGACAUUAGUGUGCUUAUUCUCACCAAAGCUUUACAUCAUAUUGAUUCGUCCGGAACGAAACAUACGACAAAGUAUGAUGCCCAUACGAUAUAGCACAAUAAACAAAACCACUGGUUCGGCGCAAUCGUCCGUUAUGGCGGCCGUGAUCGUAACGGCGGCCACAUGCAACGAAAACGAGAAGGUCAUCAAGGGCAACUCGAAUGAAAACAUUCCGGCCGCUUACUGAUACACAAGGAAAGGCAAGCUUAAACGAAUCAAAAGGAUAAGCUCCACUUCUACUGAACCACGGCGGCAACAACCUAUCGAGAGCUCCUAUGGUGGCUGCGGUGGCUGAAUUCGGUUUUUUUAAUGACCAAAUAGUUGUGCAUCGAGAUACAUAGUUCCGUUUAGUUUUCUAGAAACGUUUGAAAGCUCAGUUCGCAUUGCGUGUUAAAUGGGAGCAUUUACGAGAGAUAGAAGAGAAAUAAAGAACACAAAUAUAUU